UUCAAGCGUUCAACAAAAGCAGCAGAUGACUUACGAGCUUUACAGACUAAGACGGGAAAAACGGUGGGAGAACUUAAGAAACUGAAGAAGGAUGAACCUACCAGAUGGACCAGUAGUUUUCAAACGCUGGACAGUUUUAUUACGUUGGCUGAGGAGGUUGGCGUUGUUCUUCUGAGGUACGAUAAUGUCCCCAUGCUAUCAGGAUCAGAUCUGUCUGCUGCUAUAGAAGGUCGCAAUAUUUUUCAACCUAUCAUGCACGUGAUUACUGAACUGGAAUCUGAAAAAAAGUCAUUGGCGGGAAAAGUUAUCCCUUUAUUGAGCAUGAUGAAAACGGUACUGGAGUCAUUCAAUUCAAAAACUGAGUGUGUCAAACAGUUGAAAUCUGCGCUGUUAGACCAGUUCAACAGCCGAUUCCAGCAUAUUGAACUCGUCGACGGACUUGCAAUCGCGACGCUUUUAGAUCCUCGCUUCAAAGCGCUUCACUUGCAACCAAUAUCGCAUGCGAAUGCUGUAACGAUGGUCUCGGAAAAACUAAAAUAUUUUGAAAGGGAAGAACGAGGACGACGAUGUGCAAGCACAAAAAUCGUCGAUAAUGUAUCAAGUCAGCUCAAUAACGAUGACGAAAAUUUGUGGAAGAUACAUGAUCGCCUGGUAGUAGAACGCACAGCUUCAAUGGAGCACGAUAAACCGGGUAACAUAUCUAGUGAACUCAGAAACUUUCUGCACCAACAGGUUAUCCCAAGAAAUUCCGACCCGCUAGAAGCAUGGGACACUAUAAAAACAGAAUAUCCAAAUUUAUAUUUUAUCGCUUCGGACUAUCUGUCGAGGAUGAAUCGACUCUGUGUUGGCUUCCUGGUCCAAGCUGCUGAAUUCAUUGGCUCUUUUGAUUUGGAUUCCAAGUCAGUGUUGCGUUACGAUGAGACGUACGCUCCCGUCGUUCGGUAUACUUCGCUGCGGUACCUUUUCGCCCUGGCAAUCAGACACGACCUUGUGAUUGACCAGAUGGAUGCAUUGACGGUCUUUCUACAAGGCGAUCUCGAUGAAGAGAUUUACAUGGAGCAGCCUCCAUGUUUCACGGACGAUAAUUAA